UUUUACUCAAGUACAAGAUCUGAGUACUUCUACUUUUACUCAAGUAAGAGACCUGAGUACUUCUACUUUUACUCAAGUACAAGAUCUGAGUACUUCUACUUUUACUCAAGUACAAGAUCUGAAUACUCGCCAUGUCCAACGACAGCAGCCUCCUCAGCGUCUGGGAGGCCUCUGAUUGGUCGGAAACGUCACAGUGCCCGCCCUCUGUAGGCGGAGCCACUUUCCUGAUUGUGGCGUACAGCAUUGUCAUAGCGAUAGGGUUGCUGGGCAACGCAGGACUGGUGUUCAUCAUCGCCCGGCAACAGGAGUUACGCAACGUCACCAACAUCCUGAUCGCCAACCUGUCGUGCUCCGACAUCCUGAUGUGUGUGGUGUGUCUGCCCGUCACCGUCAUCUACACACUGAUGGACCGCUGGGUGCUGGGGGAGGCGCUGUGUAAGGUGACUCCCUUCGUGCAGUGUGUCUCGGUGACGGUCUCUGUGUUCUCGCUGGUUCUGAUCGCUCUGGAGCGCCACCAGCUGAUCCUCCAUCCCACCGGCUGGUCCCCUGCAGCCGGACACUCCUACCUGGCUGUGGGCUUCACCUGGCUGCUGGCUGGCGUCAUCUCCAUCCCCUUCCUCUCCUUCAACAUCCUCACCAACGACCCCUUCCAGAACAUCAGCCUGCCUGCCAACCCCUUCAGGGACCAUGUGAUCUGCAUGGAGCUCUGGCCCUCAGACCAGCACCGGCUCCUCUACACCACCUCUCUGCUGAUCUUCCAGUACGGCCUGCCGCUGCUGCUGGUGCUGCUCUGCUACCUGAGGAUCUUCCUCCGCCUGAGGAGACGCAGGGACAUGUUGGAUCACAGCCGCAGGACUCAGAGCGCUCACAGGAUCAACGUCAUGCUGCUCUGCAUCGUGGUAGCCUUCGCUCUGUGCUGGCUGCCGCUCACCGUCUUCAACACUCUGUUCGACUGGCACCACCAGGCGCUGCCCGACUGCCAGCACAACGCCGUGUUCUCCGCCUGCCACCUCACCGCCAUGGCCUCCACCUGCAUCAACCCCGUGGUGUACGGCUUCCUCAACAGCAACUUCCAGAGGGAGCUGAAGGCGACGCUGCAGCGCUGCCGGUGUGGAGGCGGACCGGCCGAGAUCUACGAGAGCUUCCCUCUUUCCACGGUGGGCAGCGAGGGCACGACUAAAAACACCUCCAUGAAUAGGAUGGGGUCCGUGUGCGUGCUGUCGCCAAAACUCGAGAUCAGUUCGGUUUUACGGGACAAAACAAUACCGGCUAACACCCGAGGAAGAAGUUUGGCUGACACCUGAAACACUACGUUACUGUGCAUAACUUUGCCGGCAGAUUGAAACUUCACUCCAGCCGGUUGUUGGGCAUAUAAAGGUCGACUGAUGUAGCUUUACUUACAAAAGACAGGUACAUAAUCGUGUAAAUGAUUGUGUAAAACCAAAAAAGCUGAAAGAACAUGAUCGCUAAGCCCCGCCCCCUUUGGUAACCAUUAGCCGCUUUCACACCAAGUACUUUCCCGUACUUAGUUCCCAGCACUUAGUUCCCAGCACUUAGUUCCCCCAAGGAACUAAGUACAGAUCAGGAGGAUUAGGAAAAUGAAGCUGCUGACCUCACUUCUUCUUCUUCUGCUUUGGGUUUACUGGCAGGCCGCAAACCACUUCACAGCGUAUACUGCCACCCGGAGUCUCCGGCCGGAAGUCCCCGGAGUUGGGGGAGACUUCAGUAGAAGCUGCUGGGACUCCCAGCAGCUUCU